UAGAAUUUCUUCUAUUAUUUCAAAUUGUGAUAAUGAGUGGAUAACAUAUAAAUGCACACUCACAAUCAUAAGUGAAAUAUUUUACAUCUUAUUAGUACCUAAAUCAUCUUUUUUUUUUUUUUUAAAAAAAGAAAGAAAGAGUUUGAGAGAAAGAGGAGGGAGUGAGGAUGGAGAAAGAGAAAGAGGAGAAUGGUUGCGCAAUCACUGUAAUGUACGGUUGUGUUAUCAUAACCAUGGACCAUCAUCUACGAGUUUUUAAAGACGGAGCUAUCGUUAUUCAUCUCGAUCGAAUCAAAGCAAUCGGACAUUCCCAACAGAUUCUCUCCGACUUCUCUCAUCUCGCCGACCACCUCAUCGAUCUCACCGGCCACGUCAUCCUCCCCGGACUCAUCAACACACACGUUCACACCUCCCAACAACUUGCCAGAGGCAUCGCCGAUGACGUUGACUUAGUCACAUGGCUCCACCACCGCAUUUGGCCUUACGAAUCCGCCAUGUCCCAACACGAUUCUUAUCUCUCUACUUUACUUUGCGGCAUCGAACUCAUUCACUCCGGUGUUACCUGUUUUGCGGAAGCCGGUGGUCAACAUGUUUCUGGAAUGGCCAGCGCUGUUGAGUUGCUUGGUUUGCGUGCUUGUUUGACUCAGUCAACUAUGGAUUCUGGUCACGGUUUGCCUUCUUCUUGGGCUUCUCGUACUACUCAGGAUUGCAUUCAGUCUCAAAAGGAUAGUUAUCACAAGUACAAUAAUACAGCUCAAGGUCGCAUUAGAAUCUGGUUUGGAAUCAGACAAAUCAUGAACUCUACGGAGAACUUGCUUCUUCAAACGAGAGAUGCUGCUGCACAACUCAACACCGGAAUACAUAUGCAUGUUGCAGAGAUACCUUAUGAGAAUCAACUAGUUGUGGAUGUUCACAAAGUUAAUCAUGGAACUGUUACAUAUUUGGACAAGAUACACUUCCUUCAAAAUAAUCUAUUAGCAGCUCAUUCAGUUUGGGUGGAUGAUAAUGAGAUAUCUCUUCUUUCAAAGGCAGGGGUCAAAGUGUCUCACUGUCCAGCGGCUGCUAUGAGAAUGCUUGGAUUUGCACCAGUAAGGGAGAUGCUUGGUGCUGGCAUCUGUGUCUCCUUGGGAACGGAUGGGGCCCCAUCAAACAAUCGCAUGAGCAUUGUUGAUGAAAUGUACCUAGCUUCUCUAAUUAACAAAGGACGGGAAGUGUUUGCUAAUGGAACUACAGAUCCAACAGCACUGUCUGCCGAAACUAUUCUUAAAAUGGUCACAGUGAAUGGUGCAAAGUCAGUACAAUGGGAUGAUGAACUAGGUUCUCUUGAGGUUGGGAAAAAGGCUGACAUUGUUGUUGUCAAUCCUUCCACUUGGACUAUGGUUCCUGUUCAUGACUGCAUCUCCAACAUGGUUUAUUGCAUGCGAACAGAAAACGUGGUUUCUGUUAUGUGCAAUGGUCUGUGGAUAAUGAAAGACAAAAAGAUUAUCAAUGUUGAUGAGGAAGAAGUUAUUUUGAAAGCCAAACAGGCUUCCGCUGAACUUCUGAAAAGGGCAGGCAUACAAUUACCAACUAGAAUGAACUUCAUUUGAUUGUCUAUGAUAAGGAAUAUAUGUAAUAAUAUAAGCAACAAACUUGUACCGGAGGCGUCAGCUGUUGUUUUAUGAUGCUUGAGCUGAUGAGCAUAAGGCAGCUCGACUCGAGGUCGACAGGACCAUUGGAUGUUGGAGCCUUCUCACCCUUGAUCAAAUUAAAAGAUUUAUGUUGAAUCUGUCUGGUAAAACAUGAGUCAUCUCACCCUUGAACAAAUUAAAAAUUGGAGAAGAAUUCAUAUGGGAUGUUUGACACCAAAAACACUUUUGAUUAGAUUAAACAGUACUUGACAAAUCCACCCGUUCUAUUGUUUGAAAUGGCUCUUAGACCUCUGAAGCUGUAUAUUUCAACAUCAUAGAAAGCUUAUUAGCACAAUGUGGAAGGAGCCAUUUAUUAUCUUAAUAGAGUGUGUGUUGGAAAUCUAUCUUAAAACAUGGAUUGAUUAGUAGACAUUGCUAUUGUCUGAGUUUUCAUUAUAAUAUGAUCUAUUGGAAGUUGUCAAAAGAUAAGUUAUCUUAGGUAGAUGAUCUACCAUAAUGAAUUUUAUAGGUUACGUCACAUUAUUUGUAUUUUGGUGGAUCUGAACACCAAGAGAAGUGUUGGAGUUGUAUUUUGAUGGAUCUGAAUACCAAAGAGAAGUGUUUGGAGUGAGAA